UAAUGAAAAUCAUGCACUGCUAGUUGUGCUUCCAGCGCUACAGCAACCAAUCAUUAUUCGUGUUAUUUGAGCCUUACGAAAAGGAAGCUCGACAAAAAACAAUAUGGUGUCCCUGGAGUGGUGGAUAAUUUCUUUUGGAAUACUUUGCUCCGGAAUUGUAGCGGAAAACAUUGUUAUAAGCUCCGACAUCCAGCAGUUCUGUACAACACGAUACGGUGAACAAGGCAUCUGCGUGCUUGAAUUUCAAUGCAGGAACGGAACGAUUAUUCAGUAUGGAGAACAUAUUAUAGACAUCAGGCAAUUGGAUGAUUGUAAUGAUUAUUUGAUGGAGUGUUGUGCGGAACCACCUGUGGAGUUAUCCACUCCCACCACUACGACUUCUGCACCCAUACUAGAUCCAGUAGAUGAAGGAGCGAAUGAAACUGUCGACGUGUCGGCAUCUUCGACAACUCCUCGCAGUACCCCCGGAUCCAAUCGACCAACGGUAAACAUACCGCUCUACGAUCUCGAAGGUUGUGGUCAUCGUAAUCCAAAUGGAGUAAUCUUCACCAUCGAAAACAACCAAUUCAGUGAGUCCGAGUACGGUGAAUAUCCUUGGGCGGUAGCAAUUUUUGCCCGCAUUCAAGACAAUUCUUUGAAGUAUCUGUGCGGAGGCGCCCUAAUCGAUCGAGCAGCUAUUCUCACUACGGCCACCUGUUUGCAUCCGCAUCGGCUUGACGUAUCAUCGCUGGUGGUCAGACUCGGUGAAUGGGACAUGAGUACAAUUCGCGAGCCCAUACCGCAUAUUGACAGUGCAGUAGAAAAGAUCUACCUACACCCACAGUACGGUAUGACGAGUAAGAUCAGCGACAUCGCGAUCAUCAUAUUGCGCGAUACGAUCGAGCUUAAUCACACGAUUGGGGUAGUUUGCCUACCUCCGAGCGGCAGUUAUCCUGGCGGUACAGAGGUGAUUGGUGUCGGGUGGGGUGAUGUACCAAACUUUGUUGAACCCAAAAAGCUGCCUCAGACAAUACUAAAGAAGGCACACUUGCGCCAUCUCCCGCACGAUUUGUGUCAAGAGACUUUGCGCAAACUAAUGGGCCGUCGAUACCAUCUCGAUCUUAGUUUUCUCUGCGUCGAAACACUGGCCCCGGAGAUGCUACCCUGCAGGGGAGACUCUGGUUCACCAUACAUGACGGAGAUCGCACACGGUAUGGAUCGUUACUAUUUGGUGGGUCUCAGCUCGUGGGGCUAUGACUGCAAUAAGCGAAACGCACCAACUGUCCUUACCAAUGUGGCGUAUCAUCGCAAAUGGAUCGAUGAGACGAUAAAGAGUGAAGAUCUCAACACGUGGAGUUACACGUAUGAACAACCGAUGAACAAUGAUGAAGAAUAAAUGACUUUCGAGAUUUCGUAUGUUAUGUCCAUUACCCAAAAAACGGUUUUAUUCGUUUUGUGAAAUGUGUUUUUUUGUUCAGAAGAUCAUACUACAGCAUA